GCCGUCGUUGUGCGAUUGGUUGGGCUAUGGCAGUCGGCCAAUUCAUGCGUUUGGCGGGUGGCUGGGUCAAGGAUUGCCUUAGGUCUCCGGGGGGGAUACGCCUUCCGCUAUCGAGAGCGUCCUGGUUCUGAGUUAUCGUCAUUAGAUCCGACAAGAGUUUUAUCAGCGCAGAAAAUUGAAAUCAUUUUCUACUCUAGAAUACUUGUCAGUAACGGGCCCCGUUCCUGUUCAGGUCAUGUUUACCAGAUCGCGAAACGGGGCCCGUUUCAUAGCGUGGUGAUCCGUGCCACCCAUGCUGAGUUCAUUGCGCGUAAGCAAGAACCAAUCAUAGGUAACCAAAAUAAUUAGCUGACACGACUUCAAAAUGAAUUUAUAUCAGUUUUUUCUCUGAAUAUCUUCCUUUCUCAAUAUGACUACUCAAGCACCUUCAAAAAACCGUCUUUACCAGCAAAGCAUUACGCCAAGUCAAGUUCAGACGCUCAGGAGAUUGGAGCUUUACUAUGAUAUCUCAUAUCAAGCUAUUAUUUGCAUACCCUGUGGUUUCGCCUUAAAGACAGACGAUGAUCGCGUUGGACGCCACCUCAAAGAGAAACAUGGCAUAUCUAAAAAGCGUCGGCAGAAGCUCAAUGCCCUCAUCAAUUCCCUGCAUCUUCCUGACCCGGAUGAGCUCCCGAAGCGACCAGAUAGAUCUGUACAGCAUCUAUUUUUAGCCCUUUAGACUGGAGCAGAGUGUAUGCACUGUGCUUUGCGGUCCACUAGCCAUGACAUAUUGUCAUGCCAUCUGAAGAAAGUCUAUACCCGGGAGAUCAAUGGCAUAGGUACGAGGGGAAAGCGAUGGCUACGUGAUCAUGUCCGGGACAAUCUUACUUUCCAGAGUGGGAAGGCCAACGAUAUUCAGAGAUCCUGGAUCGUCGUGAUCACAGACAAUCAACAAGCACUGCAAAAGGAUCCCGAUCGAUACUUGCAAGCCGUUCCGGACGUUGUCAAGGAAUAUGCCAAGAAAUUGCUCUCGGAGGAGCGUGGCCGCUUGGAUGAGCAACAAUGCUCGCCUAGUUUCGGUGGGGCGCUGGGAAAGAAAGAGCUACUCACAAAUUGUUGUUUAUAUUGCGCAGUAGUGCUGGGUGAAAAAAUA